AAAAAAUUAUUUUUAGAUAUCUUCUUAAAAAUAUGCCUCCUAAGAAACAAGUAUCAGAAGAAAAUAAAGUUCUUUUAGGACAUCCUGGCAAUAAUCUUAAGAGUGGUAUUGUUGGAUUAGCUAAUGUUGGGAAAAGUACACUAUUUCAAGUAAUAACUAAAUCAACUCUUGGAAAUCCAGCAAAUUUUCCAUACGCAACUAUUGAUCCAGAAGAAGCACGAGUAGCAGUUCCAGAUGAAAAUUUUGAUUGGCUUUGCAAUUUAUAUAAUCCUUUAUCUAGAAUACCAGCUUUUCUUACAAUAUUUGACAUUGCUGGUUUAACUAAGGGAGCAAGCACAGGUGCAGGUCUUGGAAAUGCAUUUUUGAGUCAUAUUAGAGCAGUUGAUGCAAUUUUUCAUGUAGUUCGAGCAUUUGAUGAUGCAGAGAUUAUUCAUAUUGAGGGUGAUGUAGAUCCAUGUAGAGAUCUUCAAAUUGUACAUGAUGAAUUAUUGAUUAAAGAUACUGAAUUUGUCAAUAAACAUUUAGAAGGAUUAAAAAGAGUAACAAGCAGAGGAGGGCAAUCACUUGAACUUAGAGCAAAUAAAGAGAAGCAGGCAGUUGUUGAAAAGGUUCUUUAUCAACUUGAAACGGAAAAAAAGGAAAUACGAAAAUGUAAUUGGACCAAUAAAGAGGUUGAAAUAAUAAAUUCAUUGUAUCUGUUAACAGCAAAACCUGUUAUUUAUCUUGUUAACUUAAGUGAAAAAGACUUUAUUCGGCAAAAAAAUAAAUGGCUUCCUAAAAUAGUUGCUUGGAUAAAUACUAAUAGUCCUGGGGAUAUUAUUAUUCCUAUUUCUGUUAUGUUUGAAAAGCGUUUAUCAGAAAUGACUGAUAGUGAAGCUCUAGAAGAAUGUAAACGACUUGGAACUAAAUCAAUGCUUCCCAAAAUUGUUACUACUGGCUAUUCUACUUUAAAUUUGAUGCAUUAUUUUACAUGUGGACCAGAUGAAGUUCGUGCAUGGACUAUUAGAAAGGAAACUAAAGCACCUGCAGCUGCUGGAGUUAUUCAUUCAGAUUUUGAAAAGAAUUUUGUGGUUGGAGAAGUAAUGAAAUUUAAUGAUUUAAAAGAAUUAGGAUCAGAAGCUGCUGUUAAAGCAGCAGGAAAAUAUAUGAUAAAAGGAAAAGAUUAUAUUGUAGAAAAUAAUGAUAUAAUAUAUUGGAAAGCAGGAAAAAAAUAAUCUGAUCCUAGAUUCUAUUAAAUAUCAUUAUAUCGUCAUUAAAU